AUGGUCAAGACCGCCCUUGGGGUUGGCCGACGCAAUGAGAAAUCAAUAGAGGCGCGCACCUCCUCCGGACGGCGACGGCUCGCCGGGUUGGUGGCCGGCGGCGCGGCAUGCCGCGGGCUGUGGGUGGCUGCUCGGGGAGGAGCUACCCAGUGGCCCAGCGGCAACCGAUUCAGCGCGGCGAUGCAGAAGCUUUUUGGCGAGGCGGGGCGCCCGGUGUACCGCGCCGCACUGAGCCCGGUGCAGAUCUCCAAGCCGGUGCUCGGCGUGGAGAGCGCCGAGCUGGAAGCCUCCCAGGAUGCCUUGGUGGCCUCCCUGGGCACAGAUGAGCUGCGAGCGAUGCAUUUGGCGGAUGUUUGCCUUGCCAACAACCACGCGCUGCGCCGCUCCGAGCUGCCCCACGGCCUCGCCGCGUCGGCGGCGGCCGCGGCCGCGGCCGCAGCGACGGCAGACUUCUGGGCCACGGAGCUGCGUAACGACAUCAGCUGCGCCUUGCGGCGGAACGGCGAGGUGGCGGUUGUUUUCCUGACCUGCGCCGAUGCGGACCUGGCAUUUGAGCUUGCUCGGCUGCUCUUGGAUGACUAG